GGCGCCGCCGCGGAGUUGCGAGUCGGCGAAAGCGGCGGGAAGUUCGUACUGGGCCGGAGGCGCGGGGCCCGCGGCUCGCGUGAAAAUGCCUCGUGUAAAAGCAGCUCAAGGUGGAAGAAGACAGGGCCCUGCCAAGAGACAUCUCGCAGAGCAGUUUGCAGCUGGAGAGGUGGUCACUGACUUGGCCAAGAAGGAAUGGAAACUAGGACUGCCCGUUGGCCAGGGCGGCUUCGGCUGCAUAUACCUUGCUGACAUGAAUUCUUCAAAAUCGGUUGGCAGUGAUGCGCCCUAUGUUGUGAAAGUGGAACCUAGUGACAAUGGACCUCUUUUUACCGAAUUAAAGUUCUACCAGCGAGCUGCAAAACCAGAGCUAAUUCAGAAAUGGAUUCGUACCCAUAAGCUGAAGUACCUGGGUGUUCCUAAGUAUUGGGGGUCUGGUCUCCAUGAUAAAAAUGGAAAAAGUUACAGGUUUAUGAUAAUGGAUCGCUUUGGGAGUGACCUUCAGAAAAUAUAUGAAGCAAAUGCCAAAAGGUUUUCUCGGAAAACUGUCUUGCAGCUAAGCUUAAGAAUUCUGGAUAUUCUGGAAUAUAUUCAUGAGCAUGAGUAUGUACAUGGAGAUAUCAAGGCCUCGAAUCUUCUUUUGAGCUGCAAGAAUCCUGACCAGGUGUUCUUGGUAGAUUAUGGCCUUGCUUAUCGGUACUGCCCAGAAGGAAUUCACAAAGAAUACAAAGAAGACCCUAAGAGGUGCCACGAUGGCACUCUCGAGUUCACCAGCAUCGACGCGCACAAUGGCGUGGCCCCUUCAAGACGUGGCGAUUUGGAAAUACUUGGUUACUGCAUGAUCCAGUGGCUUAGUGGCCAUCUUCCUUGGGAGGAUAAUUUGAAAGAUCCUAACUAUGUUAGAGAUUCCAAAAUUAGAUACAGAGAAAAUAUUGCGGGUUUGAUGGACAAAUGUUUUCCUGAGAAAAACAAGCCAGGUGAAAUUGCUAAAUAUCUGGAAACAGUGAAGUUACUGGACUAUGCUGAAAAACCUCUUUAUCAGAAUUUACGAGACAUUCUUCUGCAAGGACUGAAAGCCAUCGGAAGUAAGGAUGACGGCAAACUGGACCUCAGCGUUGUGGAGAAUGGAGGCUUGAAAGCAAGACCAAUAACAAAGCGAAAGAAAGAGAAGGAGGACAACGCCGAAUCUAGUGUUGAAGAUAUGGAUUGCUCGGAUGCGCAGACAGAGGCGGCCACGCAGACUCGCAGUGAGGAGGCUCCCGGAGCAGGACGUCGAGGCAUGUCUCAGCCAGAGGCUGGCAGCAGCAGCUGUGACAGUUCAAAAACCAGAAAGAGAGUCCAGAAAUAAUGCUGUGCGAACCAGUUUCUUUCUUUCAUUUGCCUUUUUCUAUUUUUAGUGUCUUAUUUUCAUGUGAGUCUUGUGGGGUAGGGAGAAUAAUGAAGUACCUGUGUCUUUGAAAGCUAAACUUUUUAAAAUUAAAAUAAAUACUUUGUACAAUUUAUUAAGGGCUAAUUUAUAAAAUUCCAAAAUCUGGAAAUUAGUCUUUGAGCCUCCUACUGUAUGUGUGUGAAGCUCUGGAGUACAUGAGAAAUCAUGAUGAUAUGCACUUUCUGAGGGUUGUGUGUUUCUGCGCGUGUAGAAGGAUGUUUGACCCUGCCCCUACUUUUAAGGAUAUACAAAGCUGAAAAUAAAGUCUCUUUUUGCUCGAUAGAAGCACAUGAUUUGUUGUUGCCAUAAGGUUUGAUUUGUGUUGAUUUGGUUCAGUACCACAGCAUUAUUAAACACCUGCUGUAUGAAAUGAGAGUACAAAAAAGGGAAAGGAUUGUGAAAGACAAAGUGAAUACGUAUAUCCAUGAGAGAGAAAAUAGACAUUAAAGGUACAUUACAGAAGAGCCAUGUCAUCAUGCUAGCUGUGUGGUAAGAGGAAGGUGACACAUUAUCAAGUGAUGGCAGAGCAAAGAUUUUAAAAGACUGACCUCCCUGUGAGGAAGGUCCUGUAAACUAGUUGUAUAGAUGCAGCUUCUUGUCUGCUCACAGAUUAUUUUUCUUACAGGUUUCAUUUUUUUAUAUUACAUAAUAUUUGGAUGGUAAGCCAACCAUCUGAGGAUGUUAGGGAUUAAACAUUUUAAGAUGUGGGCUUAUUUUAUUGCCUUAGGGACCCUAAGCUUGGAAUCAAAACAUUUAUGAACAAUUUUAAGAGCUCCUUCUGGGACCCAUCGGGUGGUAAACACCUUAGCCCUGCUAGAGAGGGCGUGGCUUUUAAGAUAGUGGAGAGACACUGUUGUUGAUGUAAGCAUUUAUUUUGUAACUAUUCAACAUAUAAGUUGCACAUUAAACUGGUUUUGCUACUGUGCAGGAGAUCCCUAAAGAGGUAUUUCAGUGUUCAAAGAAGGGAGUUGACUUGAAAAUAGGUAGUAUCAGACAUUUCAGGAAGGGUGAGGGUUGUACCAAGUUUGCGAAGCUCUGAGUCAACACGAAGACUGCAGACCUUGCUGUGAUUGGAUGUUCAGUUCUCACGUGAGGCUGUUACCACUGAACUUGGCACAUAUUGAAACUGCAAAACAUCUGCGGAUUGCCUCGUGGAGUAACCUCUCCAGUGCCUUCUGAAGCCCUCGGCUCUGUGUCUUCCUGGGGUUGAGGACUGGACUUUGGGUGGGGAUGCCUCCUGUUUCCUGUACAGAGUUGGAUUUUAGUACUCAGUGUGACGGUCCCAAGUUUAUUUGUAACACCUAAAUCAACUCUCAAGUUCUGUUUCAAACACAUUGAUGCUUAAAAUAGGACAAAAUGUGUGUGGUGUGUUUUGUGUAUAUGCCUUAGCCUUUUUUAUUUUUCAAAACACAAAAACAGCAAAACCUGUUGGUUAAAUAUUAAGAAAACAAAUAUUUCUUCACAUAUUGUUUUUAACAAGUGCUGGCAUUUUCUCGAAUGUUACUCUAUUGGCAGGUCUGCAGAAAUGAAAACCUAGUGGCCAUAGGAGCUGGUCUGAUCCUUGGGCCCCAGUCCCACACUCUGCUUUAGUUCCUGCCUUGUACUGGGUCUUCUUAUCCUCUUUAUUGAAGGGGAAAAAAAAAAGGCUAAGUCUCCUCUUUGUCUCUUGGAGCCAUGCUUAUUCCUGCCUUUUUCAGUUCUUCCUUGAUUUUCCCAUCACCCUUGACUCCCACAUUCUCCUGUGCAUGCGUCGUGCCACCUUGCCUACCUUGCCUGCCUUCACGGCUGUUUUCCUGGGCCCUGAGUGAGCGCAGGCUAUCUGUGCGGGGCAGCAGCCCUGGGUCAGACCCUGACCUUCAUGUCAUAGGAGCUGCUCACACUCUGAAUUUUCUAGAAAGCAGCUGGCAAAUCUUUGUAAUGGGCCAAGCCCUGAAAUGAAGUAGCUCCCAGGUGCUCUUCAGCAGGGAUUCUGAAGACAGGUAAGAUGCUUGGAGGCCAGGCCAGCCAUGCCCAGAUGUGUCUUCAGAUGACCACUUGAGGGUGCAGCUAAACACUGAGUCGCAAGGCAGCGAAUCAUGGCGGGAACAUAAGUAAGUGAUGUGUCUGUAUGUGUCUAUUACUUGUUUGCUUGUUCUCUGAGGUUCUGCUCUUAGCGCUCAGUGUUCUGACUUGAAAGCUGUACAGAUAAUUCAUGGUGAUUGUAGGACUUUUACAGAAAGGAGGCAAAAGGCACAGUAGCCGGGCUGCCGCCGCUCCUGGACACCUCGGCCUGUGGGUGGACAACUUCUGGGCUUUUCUGUGUAGUUUUAUCUUCAGGUAAUUGUCAUAUUUCAUACAGAACUUUAUUCUGCCUUUUAAAACCUAGCGUUGCUCUCUCUGUUGUUAGAGGUGCUUUAUGAACGUGCAUCGUAGGUGCCCUUGGUGUUUUCCCAGCUGUCGGGCCCUUGCUGUCCUCAGCGUUGGGGCAGGACCAGCGCUAUUUCUGGGGUUGUGGGCAGAUGUCUUCGUCUGUGGGUACAGAGAGUUCCAGAUUUUCAAAAGGAACUGCUGAGUCAGAGACGACGGGCGAUACAGAUGGGGUCUCACCUCCGCGUCGCUUUGCAAAGCCCAUUCCGUGCAGCGCCCAGCGACUGGGACCCGGCUUACAUCUUGGCAUCCUACGGUUUUCCUGGUUUUUCGGCCUGAAAAUAUCAUUUUUUAUUUGCUCAUGAACCCGAGCAAGUUUUUAUUUGUAAACAUUCUAUGUUCUCUUUGGUGUAUUUGUACUGUUUGUUUAGUAAGGCUCUUAACCCAUUGUAAAGUUUGCUGCUGAUUUAUUUUUUGUUGACAAAUUAAAAAAAAAUUUAUGACUAAAUCUUUUUCGUGGUGAUUU